ACCCCCAACCACACCGGCCACACCCACAGAGCUGCCGGUGGCCAUCCUGCGGCCAUUGCGGGACAAGAUAGCCAUGGAGAAGCACCGCGGCGUGCUGGAGUGCCAGAUGUCUCGGGCCAGUGCGCAGGUACAGUGGUUCAAGGGCAGCGUGGAGCUACAGCCCGGGCCCAAGUACGAGAUGGUCAGUGACGGCCUCUACCGGAAGCUAAUCAUCAAGGAUGUGCAGCCCGAGGAUGAGGACACGUACACCUGCAACGCUGGAGACGUGAAGACCAGUGCUCAGUUCUUCGUGGAAGAGCAAUCCAUCACCAUCGUGCGCGGUCUACAGGAUGUGACCGUGAUGGAGCCUGCCCCCGCCUGGUUCGAGUGCGAGACCUCCAUUCCUUCGGUGCGGCCGCCCAAGUGGCUCCUGGGAAAGACGAUGCUGCAGGCGGGGGCGAACGUGGGCAUGGAGCAGGAGGGCACGGUGCAUCGCCUGACUCUGCGGCGCACCUGCUCCACCAUGACCGGGCCUGUGCACUUCACCAUCGGCAAGUCGCGCUCCACAGCGCGCCUGGUGGUCUCAGACAUCCCGAUGGUGCUCACGCGGCCGCUGGAGCCCAAGGUGGGGCGCGAGCAGCAGUCGGUGGUACUGUCCUGCGACUUCAAGCCGCCCCCCAAGGCCGUGCAGUGGUACAAGGAGGACACUCCCCUGGCACCCUCUGAGAAGUUCAAGAUGAGCCUGGAGGGCCACAUGGCGGAGCUGCGAAUCCUCCGCCUCACACCCGCGGACGCCGGCAUCUACCGGUGCCAAGCCGGCAGCGCCCAGAGCAGCACGGAGGUCACCGUGGAAGCGCGCGAGGUGACCGUGACACAGCCAUUGCAGGACAUAGAAGUCACGGAGGAGAGCCGAGCCUCUUUCUUCUGUGAGCUGUCCCAUGAGGACGAGGAGCUGGAGUGGUCACUCAACAGCACGCCUCUGUACAACGACAGCUUCCAUGAGAUCACCCACGAGGGCCGGCGCCACACGCUGGUGCUGAAGCGGGUUCGGCGGGCGGAUGCGGGCACGGUGUGCGCCUGCUCCCCCAAGGUGUCGGUCACUGCCCGCCUGGAGGUCAAAGCAAAGCCAGUGGUGUUCCUGAAGGCUCUCGAUGAUGUGUCCGCGGAGGAGCGGGGCACACUGGCCCUGCAGUGCGAGGUCUCGGACCCCCAGGCCCGCGUGGUGUGGCGGAAAGACAGCGUGGAACUGGGCCCCAGCGACAAGUACGACUUCUUGCACACGGCGGGCACGCGUGGGCUUGUGGUGCAUGACCUGAGUCGGGACGACACCGGCCUCUACACUUGCAGCGUGGGCUCCGAGGAGACCCGCGCCAGAGUCAGUGUGCACGACCUACACGUGGGCAUCACCAAGAGGCUGAAGAUGGUGGAGGUGCUGGAGGGCCAGAGCUGCACGUUCGAGUGUGUUCUGUCCCACGAGAACACCGGCGACGUGGCCACGUGGACUGUGGGUGGGAAGACAGUUGGUGGCUCGGGCCGCUUCCGGGCCAGCCGCCAGGGCCGCAAGUACACCCUGGCUAUCCAAGACGCUGCUCCUAGUGACGCUGGGGAGGUGAUGUUCUCCAUACUGGACCUCACCUCCAAGGCCUCCCUCAUCGUCCGAGAGAGGCCCGCAGACAUCGUGAAGCCCCUGGAAGACCAGCAGGCUGCUCCGGGAGAGGACGUGGUGCUGAGCUGUGAGCUGUCCCGGGCCGGCACCCCAGUGCGCUGGCUGAGGGACGGGAAGGCCAUUCGCAAGAGUCAGAAGUAUGACCUCGUCGUGGAUGGCCCUCGGGCCAUGCUGGUGGUCCAUGCUGUCUCGCCCAAGGAUUCUGGCGAGUACACGUGUGAGACAGAGGCUUCCAAGAGCACAGCGAGCCUCCGUGUGGAAGAAAAGGCAAACUGGUUCACGGAGGAGCUGGCUGAUCUGCAGGGGACGGAGAAGGGCACGGCCGUGUUUGUGUGCAGGACUGAGCAGCCUGCCGCUGUGGUGAUCUGGCGUAAGGGGCUUACGGAGCUGCCUGCCUCAGGGAAGCACACACCCAGCCAGGACGGCCUGACCCUGAAGCUGACCAUCAGUGCCCUGACCAAGGCAGAUAGUGACACUUACACCUGCGACAUUGGCCAGGCCUGCUCCCAGGCCCAGCUCCUGGUGCAGGGCCAGAGGGUGCUCAUCACAGAGGACCUGGAGGAUGUGGAGGUACGCGAGGGCUCGUCAGCCACCUUCUCCUGCCGCAUCUCCCCCCCCGACUAUGGGCCUGUGCAGUGGUUCCUGGAUCAGACGCCCCUGCACCCCAAUGAGCUCAAUGAGAUCCAGGCUCAGCCCGGCGGGUACCACGUGCUCACCCUUCGGCAGCUGGCUCUCAAGGACUCAGGCACCAUCCACUUUGAGGCGGGGGACCAGCGGGCCUCAGCCACACUGCAGGUCACAGAAAAGCUGAGCGUGUUCUCCCGUGAGCUCACAGAUGCUACUGUCACGGAGGGGGAGGACCUGACCCUGAUCUGUGACACCACCACCUCGGACAGCCCCGUGUCCUGGACCAAGGACGGGAAGGCCCUGCGGCCAUCAGCUCGCUGCCAGCUGAGCCAGGAGGGCCACCGGGCACAGCUGGUCAUUACUGGAGCCACCCUGCAAGAUGGUGGGCGCUACAAGUGUGAGUCUGGGGGCUCCUGGACCAGCUCCAUUGUCAGGGUCCACGCAUGGCCAGCACGUUUCCGUGAGGGGCUGAAGGACCUGGAGGUGCUGGAGGGCGGGGCUGCCACUCUGCGCUGCAAGCUGUCGUCUGUGGUCGCGCCCGUGGAGUGGCGCCGUGGAGAGGAGGUUCUGCGGCCUGGGCCUAAGUACAGUUUGCAUCAGGAGGGCACAGUGCUUGAGCUAGUGGUCCGGGACCUGCGGCCCCAGGACAGCGGGCCAUACUCCUGCUGCUUCGGGGACCAAAGGACCAUGGCCACGCUCACUGUGAAGGCCUCACCUGCUGAGUUCAUAGGGAGAAUGAGAAGCAAGGAGGCCACGGAAGGGGCCACGGCCACAUUGCGCUGUGAGCUGAGCAAGGAGGCCCCUGUGGAGUGGAAGAAGGAGUCCGAGACCCUCAGAUCUGGAGACAGAGUCAGCCUGAGGCAGGAUGGGACCACAUGUGAGCUGGAGAUCCGUGGCCUAGCCAUGGCAGAUGCUGGGGAGUAUUGGUGUGUGUGCGGGAAGGAGAAAACAUCAGCCACGCUGACCAUCAAGGCCCUGCCUGCUGAAUUCAUAGGGAGACUGAGAAGCAAGGAGGCCAUGGAAGGGGCCAUGGCCAUGCUGCACUGUGAGCUGAGCAAGGCAGCCCCUGUGGAGUGGAGGAAGGGGUCUGAGACCCUUAGAUCUGGGGACAGAGUCAGUCUGAGGCAGGAUGGGACCGUGUGUGAGCUAGAGAUCUGUGACCUGGCCGUGGAAGAUGCUGGGGAGUACUUGUGUGUAUGCGGACAGGAGAGGACAUCGGCCACGCUGACCAUCAAAGCCCUUCCUGCCAAGUUCACAAAAAGUCUCAAGGCUGAGGAGGCCAUGGAAGGGGCCACAGCCAUGCUGCACUGUGAGCUGAGCAAGGCAGCCCCUGUGGAGUGGAGGAAGGGGUCCGAGACCCUCAGAGCUGGGGACAGAGUCAGCCUGAGGCAGGAUGGGACCACGUGUGAGCUGGAGAUCCGUGGCCUGGCCGUGGCAGAUGCUGGGGAGUACUCAUGUGUGUGUGGGCAGGAGAGGACAUCAGCCAUGCUGACCAUCAGGGCCCUGCCUGCCAAGUUCACCAAGGGCCUGAGGAAGGAAGAGGCCACAGAAGGGGCCACGGCCACACUGCGCUGUGAGCUUAACAAGGAGGCCCCCGUGGAGUGGAAGAAGGGGUCUGAGACCCUCAGAUCAGGAGACAGAGUCAGCCUGAGGCAGGAUGGGACCACAUGUGAGCUGGAGAUCCGUGGCCUGGCCGUGGCAGAUGCCGGGGAAUACUCGUGUGUGUGCGGGCAGGAGAGGACAUUAGCCACACUGACCGUCAGGGCCCUGCCCGCCAAGUUCACCAAGGGCCUGAGGAAGGAAGAAGCCACGGAAGGGGCCACGGCCACGCUGCACUGUGAGCUGAGCAAAGAGGCCCCUGUGGAGUGGAAGAAGGGAUCUGAGACCCUCAGAGCUGGGGACAGAGUCAGCCUGAGGCAGGAUGGGACCACAUGUGAGCUGGAGAUCCGUGGCCUGGCUGUGGCAGAUGCCGGGGAGUACUCGUGUGUGUGCGGGAAGGAGAGGACAUCAGCCAUGCUGACUGUCAGGGCGCUGCCUGCUCAGUUCAUCCAAGAUCUGAAGCUCAAGGAGGCCUCAGAAGGAGCGACAGCCACACUGCACUGUGAGCUGAGCAAGGCAGCCCCUGUGGAGUGGAGGAAGGGGUCCGAGACCCUCAGAGCUGGGGACAGAGUCAGCCUGAGGCAGGAUGGGACCACGUGUGAGCUGGAGAUCCGUGGCCUGGCCGUGGCAGAUGCUGGGGAGUACUCAUGUGUGUGUGGGCAGGAGAAGACAUCAGCCAUGCUGACCAUCAGGGCCCUGCCUGCCAAGUUCACCAAGGGCCUGAGGAAGGAAGAGGCCACAGAAGGGGCCACGGCCACACUGCGCUGUGAGCUUAACAAGGAGGCCCCCGUGGAGUGGAAGAAGGGGUCUGAGACCCUCAGAUCAGGAGACAGAGUCAGCCUGAGGCAGGAUGGGACCACAUGUGAGCUGGAGAUCCGUGGCCUGGCCGUGGCAGAUGCCGGGGAAUACUCGUGUGUGUGCGGGCAGGAGAGGACAUCAGCCACACUGACCGUCAGGGCCCUGCCCGCCAAGUUCACCAAGGGCCUGAGGAAAGAAGAAGCCACGGAAGGGGCCACGGCCAUGCUGCACUGUGAGCUGAGCAAAGAGGCCCCUGUGGAGUGGAAGAAGGGAUCUGAGACCCUCAGAGCUGGGGACAGAGUCAGCCUGAGGCAGGAUGGGACCACAUGUGAGCUGGAGAUCCGUGGCCUGGCCGUGGCAGAUGCUGGGGAGUACUCGUGUGUGUGCGGGCAGGAGAAGACAUCAGCCACUCUGACCAUCAGGGCCCCACAGGUGGUAUUCAGGGAGCCCCUGCAGAGCCUGCAGGCUGAGGAGGGGGCCUCGGUCACCCUGCGGUGUGAGCUGUCCCAGCCCAACGCCACCGUGGUCUGGAGCAAGGGCGGCCUGGAGGUGCAGGCUGACGGGCGCAGGGAGCCUCGGCAGCAGGGCCCCACAGUGGAGCUUGUACUGAGGGACCUGCGCCGGGAGGACGCGGGCGAAUAUGCAUGUGCCUGUGGACCCCAGGCCACCAGUGCCACCCUCACUGUUACAGCUGCACCUGUGCGGUUCCUGCGGGAGUUGCAGGCCCAGGAGGUGGACGAGGGCGCCACGGCGCGCCUGCGCUGCGAGCUGAGCCGAGAGGGCGCCAGCGUGGAGUGGCGCAAAGGGUCUCUGCAGCUCUUCCCGUGCGCCAAAUACCAGAUGGUGCAGGAGGGCAGGACCGCUGAGCUGCUGGUGCGGGGCGCGGAGCCUGAGGACUCCGGCCACUACACCUGCGACGCGGGCGACUCGCAGAGCACCGCUAGCCUCUCCAUCCGAGCCCCUAGGCCUGUAUUCCAGGAGGAGCUGCAGAGCACGGAGCAGGAGGCCGGCAGUGUGGCCUGGCUGCGCUGUGAGCUGAGCGGGACAGAGACCGGUGUCCCCGUGCAGUGGCUCAAGGAGGGUGUGGAGCUGCACGGGGGCCCCAAAUAUGAGAUAAGGCGCCUGGGGACCACAUGUGAGCUGCUGAUCCACGGGCUGGAGGCCAAGGACACGGGCGAGUAUGUUUGCGUGGCCGGUGGCCAGAAAACCGUGGCCUCUGUCAGGGUCAGAGAGCCGGAGGUGACCAUUGUGCGGGGGCUGGAGGAUGCCGAGGUGCAGGUGGAUGGGGACGUGGAGUUCACUUGUGAGGUGUCACGGGAUGGAGUCGCCAAUGUGGAGUGGCGUCUCCAGGGCCUGCCGCUGCAGAACAAUGAGGUGACGGAAGUGUCCGUGCGGGGAGGCCGCACCCACACUCUCCGGCUGACGGGUGUGACCCCCGAGGAUGCAGGCACCAUCUCUUUCCACGUGGGCGUCCACACGUCCUCUGCCCAGCUCACUGUCCGAGUCCCUGAGGUGACCAUUCUGGAGCCCCUGCAGGACCUGCAGCUCAGUGAGGGCCAGGACGCCCAUUUCAGGUGCCAGCUGUCCAGGGCCUCUGGCCAGGAGGCCCGCUGGGCCCUGGGAGGGGUACCGCUGCAGGCCAAUGAGAUGAAUGACAUCACUGUAGAAGAUGGCACGCUCCAUCUCCUCACCCUGCACAAGGUGACCCUAGAGGAUGCUGGAACCAUCAGUUUCCAAGUGGGCUCAUGUAGCUCGGAGGCCCAGUUAAAGGUCACAGCCAAGAAUACAGUGCUGCGUGGCCUGGAGAACGUGGACGCGCUGGAAGGUGGCGAGGCGCUGUUCGAGUGCCAGCUGUCGCGCCCCGAGGUGGCUGCCCACAGCUGGCUGCUGGACGAUGAGCCCGUGCACACGUCGGAGAACGCAGAGGUGGUCUACUUCGACAAUGGACUGCGUCACCUGCUGCUGCUCAAGAACCUGCGUCCGCAGGACAGCUGCCGGGUCACCUUUCUGGCGGGGGAUGUGGUGACGUCCGCGUUCCUCACGGUCAGAGGCUGGCGCCUGGACGUACUGGAGCCGCCGCAAGACGCCACGGUGCGAGCCGGGGCGCAAGCCCGCUUCAGCUGCAUGCUCAGCGAGGCGGUGCCGGUGGGCGAGGCAACCUGGUACAUCAAUGGGACUGCUGUGCAGCCCGACGACCCUGACUGGAUGGUCACCGCGGAUGGCAGCCACCAUGCCUUGUUGCUGCGCAGUGCCCAGAUGCACCAUGCUGGCGAAGUCACCUUUGCUGCCCGCGAUGCCGUGGCCUCCGCACGGCUCACCGUGCUGGGCAUCCCGGAUCCCCCAGAGGACGCCGAGGUGGUGGCUAGGAGCAGCCGCUCCGUGACGCUGUCAUGGGUAGCGCCCACCAGCGACGGCGGCGGCGGUCUCUGCGGCUAUCGUGUGGAGAUGAAGGCAGCCGCCACGGGCCAGUGGCGCCUGUGCCAUGAACUGGUGCCCGGGCCCGAGUGCGUGGUGGAUGACCUGGCCCCUGGGGAGACCUACCGCUUCCGCGUGGCGGCGGUGGGCCCAGCGGGGGCUGGGGAGCCCGUGCACCUGCCGCAGACAGUGAGACUGGAGCCCCAGGAGCCUGAACCUGCGCCGCCCACUCCCGUGCUGGGGGCUCCCGCUUGCCCCGCUCCCGCACCCCCGGCUCCCGCGCACCCCGCUCCUGAGAGCCGGCAGGUGGUUGCCGGCGAGGACGUGUGUUUGGAGUGCGAGGUCACUGAGGCGGGUGAGGUCGUCUGGCUGAAGGGGACGGAGCUCAUCCAGCCCAGCGGGCGCUUCCAAGUUCUCUGCCGGGGUCAGCAGCAGACGCUGGUCAUCCGGGGAUUCUCGGCGGAGGACCAGGGCGAGUACCGCUGCCGCCGCACCCAGGACCCCACCUCCCCUGCAGCUGCCACUUUCCAGGUGGUGCUGACCCCCGGGUCUGGGGAUGAGACCCCUGCACAGCCCAGCCUUCCCCCUGAGGCAGCCCAGGAGGGCGACCUGCACCUGCUGUGGGAGGCCCUGGCCCGGAAGCGCCGCAUGAGCCGUGAGCCCACGCUAGACUCCAUCAGUGAACUGCCCGAGGAGGAUGGUCGCCUGCAGCAUCUGCGACAGGAGGCAGAGGAAGCAGCCCCUGACCUCUCGGAGGACUACUCCACAGCAGACGAGCUGGCACGAACUGGCGAGGCUGACCUCUCACAUACCAGCUCUGAUGAUGAGUCCCGGGCAGGCACUCCUUCCCUGGUUACCUACCUCAAGAAGGCUGGGAGGCCCAGCACCUCACCACUGGUCAGCAAGGCUGGGGUCCCCACAGUCCUACCUGGGGAGCCACAGAAGCAUGAGGACCAGCCAGCGGCCACUCACCCACCCCCGGGAGACCUGAGUGCUGAGGACCUGAGUGACCCAUCCAUGGACAAAGCAGCCGUGAAGAUCCAGGCUGCCUUCAAGGGCUACAAGGUCCGCAAGGAGAUGAAGCAGCAGGAGGGACCUGUGUUCUCCCGCACGUUCAGGGACACUGAGGCACAGGUGGGGGAUGUCCUGCGUCUGGAGUGUGUGGUGUCCAGCAAGGCAGACGUGCGUGCCCGCUGGCUGAAGGAUGGCAUGGAGCUGGUGGACGGUCGGCACCACCACAUCGACCAGCUUAGCGAUGGCACCUGCUCCCUGCUGGUCACGGGCCUGGGCCAGGCGGACGCCGGCUGCUACACCUGUCAGGUGAGCAGCAAAUUCGGCCGCGUGGCCCACAGCGCUAGUGUGGUGGUCAGCGGGACUGAGAGCGAGGCAGAGAGCUCCUCGGGGGGUGAGCUGGACGACGCCUUCCGCCGGGCAGCCCGGCGGCUGCACCGGCUCUUCCGCACCAAGAGCCCGGCUGAGGUCUCAGAUGAAGAGAUCUUCCUCAGUGCGGAUGAGGGAUCCGCAGAGCCCGAGGAGCCUGCAGACCGGCAGAUGUACCGCGAAGACCAGCACUUCGUCCACAUCUGCUUCGAGUCACUGGACGAGGCCCACCGUGCGGCUACCUGCUUCCGGGAGAUGUUCGGCACCAUGGGCAUCUCAGUGGACAUCAGCCUGUCGGAGCAGGGGCCCAGGGCCGUGGAGAUGCGCAUCAGCAAGCUGGCUGCACCCCCUGCUGCAACGCAGGCGAUGGCGCCCUGCCCACUGACUGCGGAGGAGGCGGCCCCGGUGUUCCUGACUGAACUGCAGAACCAGGAGGUGCUGGACGGGUACCCCGUGAGCUUCGACUGUGUGGUGACCGGCCAGCCCGUGCCCACUGUGUGCUGGUUCAAGGAUGGCCGGAUGCUGGAGGAAGAUGACCACUACAUGAUCAGCGAAGACCAGCAGGGUGGUCACCAGCUCAUCAUCACAGCUGUAGUGCCUGCAGACAUGGGUGUAUACCGCUGCAUGGCUGAGAACAGCGUGGGCGUGUCUUCCACCAAGGCCGAGCUCCGCGUGGACUUGACCAGCACGGACUAUGAAACUGCUGCUGAUGCCACGGAGACCUCCUCCUACUUCAGCGCCCAGGGCUACCUGUCCAGCCGGGAGCAAGAGGGCAUGGAAUCAACCUCAGAGGAGGGCCAGCUGCCCCAGGUGGUGGAGGAGCUGAAGGACCUCCAGGUGGCCCCUGGCACACGCCUGGCCAAGUUCCAGCUCAAGGUGAAAGGCUACCCAGCACCCCGACUGUACUGGUUCAAAGACGGGCAGCUCCUGACAGCUUCUGAGCACAUCCACAUGGUGGACAGGAAGACGCUUCACACCCUGGAGGUUGUGUCGGUCACCCGUGAGGAUGCUGGCCAGUACUCGGCCUACAUCAGCAACAAUGUGGGCGCGGCCUACUCAUCUGCACGGCUGCUGGUCCGAGGCCCCAAAGAUCCCGAAGAGAAGCCUGCAUCGGAUGUGGGUCAACAGCUGGUGCCACCCCGGUUCCUGGAAAGAUUCACCUCCAAGAAAGUAAAGAAAGGUUCCAGCAUCACCUUCUCAGUGAAGGUGGAAGGCUCUCCUGCCCCCACGGUGCAUUGGCUGCGGGAAGAGGCGGAGCGGGGCGUGCUGUGGAUCGGCAGGGACUCACCGGGCUACACGGUGGCCAGCUCGGCCCAGCAGCACAGUCUGGUCCUGCUGGACGUGGGCAGACAGCACCAGGGCACCUACACCUGCAUCGCCACCAAUGCCGCGGGCCAGGCCCUCUGCUCCGCCAGCCUGCACAUCUCUGGCUUGCCCAAGGAGGCGGGUGCCACGGAGGAGCACACUGGAGUGAAGGAGGCCCUCAUCUCCACCUUCCUGCAGGGGGCCCAAGCCGUGUCUGCACAGAUGACCGAGACUGCGGGGUUUGCCGCUGAUAUCGUCGGGCAGAGGACAGAGCCCACGGCGGUGGAGGCCCAUGGCCACCUAUCCCUGGCUGAGGUGGGCACAGAAGAGUUCCUGCAGAAGCUCACAUCCCAGAUCACUGAGAUCGUGUCGGCCAAGAUCACGCAGGCCAAGCUGCAGGUGCCUGGAGGGGACAGUGAUGAGGAAUCCAAGACACCAUCCGCAUCCCCCCGGCACGGCCGUUCCCGCCCCUCCUCCAGUGUCCAGGAGUCGUCCUCAGAGUCGGAGGACGGGGACUCCCGAGGCGAGAUCUUCGAUAUCUAUGUGGUCACGGCUGACUACCUGCCCCUGGGGGCCGAGCCGGAUGCCAUCUCCCUGCGGGAGGGCCAGUACGUGGAGGUGCUGGAUUCAGCCCACCCCCUGCGCUGGCUUGUGCGCACCAAGCCCACCAAGUCUAGCCCCUCACGGCAAGGCUGGGUGUCCCCUGCCUACCUAGACAAGCGGCUCAAGCAGCUGUCGCCCGAGUGGGGGCCCAGUGAGGCCCCCGAGUUCCCAGGGGAGGCCGUGUCUGAAGAUGAAUACAAGAUGAGGCUGAGCUCGAUCAUCCAGGAGCUGCUGAGCUCUGAGCAGGCCUUUGUGGGAAAGCUGCAGUUCCUGCAGAAGCACCACAUCCAGCACCUGGACCGCUGCCCGCACGUGCCCACAGCCGUGGCCAGCCAGAAGGCGGUCAUCUUCCGCAACGUGCAGGACAUCAGCCACUUCCACAGCAGCUUCCAGCGGGAGCUGCAGAGCUGUGACACCGAUGAUGACCUGGCCAUGUGCUUCAUCAAGAACCAGGCAGCCUUUGAGAAGUACCUGGAGUUCCUGGUGGGCCGCGUGCAGGCUGAGUCAGCAGUGGUGGGCACGGCUGUGCAGGAGUUCUACAAGAAGUACACAGAGGAGGUGCUGUCGGCCGCAGACCCGUCGCAGCCGCCCCCACCGCCCCUGCAGCACUUCCUGGAGCAGCCCGUGGAGCGGGUCCAGCAGUACCAGGCCCUGCUCAAGGAGCUGAUCCGCAACAAGGCGAGGAACGGGCAGAACUGUGUGCUUCUGGAGCAGGCCUACGCGGUGGUGUCCGCCCUGCCGCAGCGUGCGGAGAACCAGCUGCACGUGUCGCUCAUGGAGAACUACCCGGGCACCCUGGAGGCACUGGGCGAGCCCAUCCGCCAGGGCCACUUCAUCGUAUGGGAGGGGGCCCCGGGCGCGCGGAUGCCCUGGAAGGGCCAUCACCGCCACGUCUUCCUGUUCCGCCACCACCUGGUGGUCUGCAAGCCCAGAAGGGAUUCCCGCACCGACACUUUCAGCUACGUCUUCCGGAACAUGAUGAAGCUGAGCAGCAUCGACCUGAAUGACCAGGUGGAGGGUGACGACCGUGCCUUCGAGAUCUGGCACGAGCGGGAGGACUCGGUGCGCAAGUACCUGCUGCAGGCGCGCACGGUCAUCACCAAGAACUCGUGGGUGAAGGAGAUCUGUGGCAUCCAGCAGCGCCUGGCCCUGCCCGUGUGGCACCCCCCAGAUUUCGAGGAGGAGCUGGCAGACUGCACAGCAGAGCUUGGUGAGACAGUGAAGCUGGCCUGCCGUGUGACGGGCACCCCCAAGCCUAUCGUCAGCUGGUACAAAGAUGGGAAGCCAGUGGAGGUGGAUCCACACCACAUCCUCAUCGAAGACCCUGACGGCUCCUGUGCCCUUAUCCUGGACAACCUGAGCGGCAUGGAUUCGGGCCAGUACAUGUGUUUUGCAGCCAGCGCUGCUGGCAAUGCUAGCACACUGGGCAAAAUCCUGGUGCAAGUACCCCCAAGGUUCGUGAAGAAGGUCCAGGCCAUUCCUUUUGUGGAGGGAGAGGAUGUGCAGGUCACCUGCACCGUGGAAGGCGCCCCACACCCUCAGAUCAGGUGGUACAAGGACGGGGCCCUGCUGACACCCAGCAGCAAGUACCGAACCCUGAGUGAGCCCCGAAGUGGUCUGCUGGUGCUGGAGAUCCUGGCAGCCAGCAAGGAUGACCUGGGCCAUUACGAGUGCGAGUUGGUGAACCGGCUGGGCUCUGCGAGGGGCGGGGUAGAGCUGUGCAUGCAGAGCCCUGCUGUGCGGGCCCGGGAGCAGCUUCGCAGGGAGCAGCUUGCCACUGUGGAAGAUGCUGCAGUCCCUCCCCCAGUUGCCCUGGAACCAGCAGACCGGGAAGUCACAGUGUGCCCUGAGUCUCCAGGACCCUCCACAGGGGACCAUGCUGGCCCCAGCCCUGGCCGUGGGGGGCCACCCAAACUCCAGGAGGCUGGCCCCCAACCCCCAGGCACAGAGGCUGCAGCUGCAUCUGAUGAGGCCCAGUGGCCUCAGGCUGAUUGGCAAGUGCCACCUGCUCUCAGAGUCCCGCCUGUGCUGGCCCCAGCCUCAGCCACCUCAGUUGAGCCCCAGAAGGUGCCACAGCCUCUCCCUGAUCAGGGCCAGAAGCGGGACUCGGGAGCCCACACUGAGGACCAGGGACGUGUCGUGCCCAUCAGGAUGGAGGGCACAGCCUGGCCGGGGGCAGGUGCGGUGCCGCUAUGGGACAUCCACAGCCAAGUGUUCAUGGAGACCAGCCACAGGACAUACGUGUACCAGGCCAGCGAUGCGGCUGCCACAAGGCCCCCGUCCAUGCAGGUCACCAUCGAAGAUGUGCAGGCACAGAGGGGCAGCACAGCCCAGUUCCAUGCGGUUAUUGAGGGCAACCCACAGCCUAUGGUGACCUGGUACCGGGACAAUGCCCAGCUGGUGGAUGGCGCCCGGCUGAGCCAGCAGCAGGACGGGACCACCUACUCCCUGGUGCUGAGGGACGUAACCCAGGACGAUGCCGGUGUCUACACAUGCCUGGCCCGCAACGCUGGCGGCCAGGUGCUAUGUAAAGCAGAGCUGGUAGUCCAUGGGGGAGACGGCGAGCUGGAGUCAGAGAAGCAAAGUUAUCGAAGGAAACUGCACUCUUUCUUCGAGGUCAAGGAGGAAAUUGGAAGGGGCGUGUUCGGCUUCGUGAAGAGGGUGCAACACAAGGGAAACCAGAUGUUCUGCGCAGCCAAGUUCAUCCCCCUGCGGAGCAGGACGCGCACCCAGGCGUAUCGCGAACGGGACAUCCUGGCCACGCUGAGCCACCCUCUGGUCACUGCGCUGCUGGACCAGUUUGAGACCCGGAAGACCCUGAUCCUUGUGCUGGAGCUAUGCUCGUCAGAGGAGCUACUGGACCGUUUGUUCAAGAAGAAUGUGGUGACAGAGGCUGAGGUCAAGGUCUACGUCCAGCAGCUGGCUGAAGGGCUGCAAUACCUGCAUAGCCAAAGUGUUCUCCACCUGGACAUAAAGCCCCCCAACAUCCUGAUGGUGCACCCUGCUCGGGAAGACAUUAAAAUCUGCGACUUUGGCUUUGCCCAAAAAAUCACCCCAGGAGAGCCACAGUACAGCAAGUACGGCUCCCCAGAAUUUGUGUCCCCAGAGAUCAUCGAGCAGACGCCUGUGAGCGAAGCCUCCGACAUCUGGGCCAUGGGGGUCAUCUCCUACCUCAGCCUGACCUGCUCGUCCCCAUUCGCUGGUGAGAGUGACCGAGCCACCCUCCUGAACAUUCUGGAGGGGCGGGUGUCCUGGAGCAGCCCGGCAGCUGCCCACCUCAGUGAUGAUGCCCGGAACUUCAUCAAGGCUGCCCUGCAGAGGGCCCCUGAGGCUCGGCCCAGUGCAGCCAAGUGCCUCGCCCACCCCUGGUUCAAGAGGUCCAUGCCCGCGGAGGAGGCCCACUUCAUCAACACCAAGCAGCUCAAGUUCCUGCUGGCCCGCAGCCGCUGGCAGCGCUCCCUGAUGAGCUACAAGUCCAUCCUGGUGAUGCGCUCCAUUCCGGAGCUGCUUCAGGGCCCGCCCGACAGCCCGUCCCUCGGGGUGGCCCGGCACCUGCGCGGCGACGCCGGCGCCUCGUCCAGCAGCUCGUCCUCUUCGUCUGACAACGAGCUGGCCCCCUUCGCCCGGGCCAGGUCGCUGCCGCCAUCUCCGGUGACGCACUCGCCGCUGCUGCACCCGCGCGGCUUCCUGCGCCCGUCCGCCAGCCUGCCGGAGGAGACCGAGGCUUGCGCGUCCGCCGCGGCCGCGCCUCCGCGCACGCCGCCCAUGGGCGCCCCGGGCUGCGUGCCCCGGCACAGCGUGGUCUGCAGCCUCUUCUACGAGCAGGCGGGCGAGAGCCCGGAGCGCGGAGGUCCCGCCGCGGGCGGCCGGCGGCACCCGGCCCGGCGGCGGCACUUGCUCCAGGGCGGCUACUUCGCCGGCGCCCUGCCCGGCCUGCGCGAGCCGCUGCUGGAGCACCGCGCGCUGGAGGAGGAGGCCGCCCGGGAAGAGCAGGCCGCCCUGAUGGCCAAAGCGCCCUCCUUUGAGACCGCCCUGCGGCUGCCGGGCUCCAGCGCCCGCGGAGCCCCCGGCCGCAGCCGCUCCCUGGAGCUCGACCAGCCACACGCCGCAAGCUCCUCCACGGAGGCCUGUGGCGGAGGGCAGUGCCCUGGCCCGGCCCUCUCGGGCCUCCAGGCAGGCUCAGGGGAGGGCUGGCCAGGAGGGGUCACCUGCGCCAGGGAGAUGGAGCAUCUGGAGGGAUCCCAGCAGGGGCCGCGACUGUUAAAGUCCCUCGGUGUCGACCUGGGGUCCACUAGGCAGGAGGGGUCCUGUCAGGACAGCUGUUGGGAGCAGCCCGCCCCUCCCAUUCAUCCCUUGGAAGGCUGUGGCCCCCAUAAGACUGUUACACCACAACCUUCUGGCUCCUUCCCUUCAAAGCAGUGCACAGGUGACUUGGUACACUUAAGCUCCUUCCUCUCUGGGGAGCCAACAGCUCUCGUCUCCCCAGCCCAAGAACGCCCCCAGCCAGGCUCUAAGAAGGGAACAGAGCACACUCCUCUCCCUGGGAGGCCAAAUCUUCCUAGCACCCCAGGGCUGGCCUUCCCAGUGGGCACUGAGCCCGGCCCCUUACAGGAUGCGGAGGGCCUGGCCGGGGAGCUGGAGGACACGUCAGAGGUCGAGCCCAGCCCACAGCGGCCUCAGGAGCAGGCCACCACACGGAAGUUCUCCGUGGGGGCGCGCCGUGGGGGCUAUGCAGGAGUGGCAGGCUAUGGCACCUUUGCCUUUGGCGGGGACGCGGGGGGCAUGCUGGGGCAGGGCCCCCUGUGGGCCAGGAUGGCCUGGGCCACCUCUCAGUCCUCUGAGGAGCACGAUGAUGCUAGGGCCCAGAGCCCGGCCCCCCAGGCCAGCGCGGCACCCCCUCCUGAGGGCAGUGGGGCAGCUCUAAGGGCCUCCCUGGAGUUGAGCGCAUGGGAGGACUUCGGUGGGGGCUCCCAGGUGUCCCUGGUACAGAUCCGAGACCUGUCUGGGGACUCGGAAGGGGCCGACAUGGUGUCCCUGGACAUCUCAGAGGUGGAGCCUGCCUACCUCAACCUGUCUGACCUCUACGACAUCAAGUAUCUGCCCUUCGAGUUCAUGAUCUUCAGGAAAGUCCCCAAGCCUGUGCAGCCAGAGCCCCCACCAUCCCCUGAGUCUGAGGCUGGGGAGGAGCUGGCGGAGUUCCCGGAGGCUGGGUGGCCUUGGCCGGGUGCACUGGGCCCACCGGCCAGCUUGCAGAUCACAGAGGAGCCAGAGGACAUGGAGACCUUGCUCAGAGAGACUGUGGGCAGUAGGAAGCGCAAGUGGUCAGCCCCCUCGGGUGGCCUCUUCCACUUCCCAGGGAGGCACACGCUGCUGGAGGAACCCGUGGAGCUGGGUCUGCGCCGGAGGGUGAGGGCCUCCAUGGCCCACAUCUCCCGCCUGCUAAAGGGCAGGCCUGAAGGUCUGGAGAAAGAGAGUCCCCCCAGGAAGAAGGCAGGCCUGGCUUCCUUCCGGUUGGGCCUGAAGAAUAGGGACCGAGCGCCAUCAUUUCUAAGGGAGCUUGCAGAUGAAACAGUGGUCCUGGGCCAGUCCGUGACUCUGGCCUGCCAAGUGUCGGCCCAGCCAGCUGUCCAGGCCACCUGGACCAAAGACGGGGCAACCCUGGAGAGCACCAGCCGCAUCCUCAUCUCCUCCACACUCAAGAACUUCCAGCUUCUGACCAUCCUGGUGGUGAAGGCUGAGGACCUGGGAGUGUACACGUGUAGUGUGAGCAACACGCUGGGGACAGUGGCCACCACGGCUGUCCUCCGGAAGGCAGAGCGCCCCUCGUCUUCUCCACGCCCGGACAUCGGGGAGGUGUAUGCCGAUGGCGUGCUGCUGAUCUGGAAACCUGUGGAGUCCUACGGGCCUGUAACAUACAUUGUGCAGUGUAGCCUGGAAGGCGGCAGCUGGAGCACGCUGGCUUCUGACGUCUUUGACUGCUGCCACCUCGCCACCAAGCUUUCCAGGGGUGGCGUGUACACUUUCCGGACGGCCUGUGUCAGCAAGGCGGGCAUGGGACCUUACAGCAGCCCCUCAGAGGAGGUCCUCCUGGGAGGGCCCAGCCACCUGGCCUCGGAGGAAGAGAGCCGUGUCCUGCCCCCGGCGCAGCCCCUCCCCAGCAAGCAGACCUUCGCCUUCCAGACACAGAUUCGAAGGGGCCGCUUCAGCGUGGUGCGGCAGUGCCGGGAGAAGGCCAGCGGACGCGCGCUGGCCGCGAAGAUAGUGCCCUACCGCCCCGAGGACAGGACUGCUGUGCUGCGCGAAUACGAAGCCCUCAAGAGCCUGCGUCACCCGCACCUGGCCCAGCUACACGCCGCCUACCUCAGCCCCCGGCACCUGGUUCUUAUCUUGGAGCUGUGCUCGGGACCCGAGCUGCUGCCCUGCCUGGCGGAAAGGGCCUGCUACUCGGAAUCGGAGGUGAAGGACUACCUGUGGCAGAUGCUGAGCGCCGCCCAGUACCUGCACGCCCAGCGCAUUCUGCAUUUGGACCUCAGGUCCGAGAAUAUGAUCGUCACCGAGUACAACUUACUCAAGGUCGUCGACCUGGGCAACGCCCAAAACCUCGCCCAGGAGAGGGUCCAGCCCCCCGAGAGGUUCAAAGACUACGUGGAGACCAUGGCUCCUGAGCUCCUGGAGGGUCAGAGUGCCGUCCCGCAGACAGACAUCUGGGCCAUAGGCGUGACAGCCUUCAUCAUGUUGAGCGCGGAGUACCCCGUGAGCAGUGAAGGGACACGUGACAUGCAGAAAAGCCUUCGCAAGGGGCUAGUCCGUCUGAGUCGCUGCUAUGCGGGGCUGUCCGGUGGCGCCGUGGGUUUUCUCCGGAGCGCUUUGUGCGUUCACCCGUGGGGCCGGCCUUGCGCGUCCAGCUGCUUGCAGUGCCCGUGGCUAACCGAGGAGGGCCCUGCUGGCUUCCAGCCUGCGGCCGUGACCUUCCCGACUGCGCGCCUGCGCGCCUUCGUGCGCGAGCGAGAGAAGAGGCGGGCGCUGUUGUACAAGAAACACAACCUGGCCCAGGUUCACUGAGUACGUGGCCUGGCAGAGAGGAUGUGUUGGGGGGGAGGGGGGGGAGGUCGCCCUGCUGGGCUUCACCCCCUAAUGUUCCCUCUAGGACUUGCUGUAUACACACCGACACACCAAUAAAAAGCAGAACUGGAUCGUGUUA